UUGAGACAUUGCCAUUAACAGCACAGUUCAUUUGGAGCCAAGCUUACUCACCAUUUGACCAUUUGACCAGGAGACGUGCGUGUGUGUCUGUGUGUGUUUGCUGACUAAGAAUGCUGUCUGAGAAGGAAGUCAUGGAAAGAUACGGCCACAGCAGCCUGGUGCUGGUAGUCUACAUCAUCACCUUCCUGAUUGGACUCCCUGCCAAUGUUGUGGCCUUCUACACCUUCAGCAAGAAGGUGAGGCAGAAAGCCAUGCCCAUCGACAUCCUGCUCCUCAACCUGACCAUCUCGGACCUCCUCUUCCUGCUCUUCCUGCCCUUCAAGAUCAAAGAGGCGGCGGACUACAUGAAAUGGAACAUGCCCCAGUUCCUGUGUCCAUUGACCAACUUCGUCUUCUACACAACCAUUUACAACAGCACCUUCUUUCUGACCGCCAUCAGUGUUGAACGCUACCUGGGGGUGGCCUUUCCCAUCAAGUACAAACUCAAAAGACGGCCUUUGUAUGCCACGGUGGCUAGCGUCUUCUUCUGGGCGAUCUCCAUGGCGCACAUCAGUAUCGUCUACAUCAUGCAAUACUUUGAACAUCCCAAUGCCACCCGGACAGACCCUUCGGAACUGGACGUGUGUUACGAGGAUUUCACCCCGGAGCAGCUGCAGGUCCUGAUACCUGUCCGUCUGGAGCUCUUCCUGGUUCUAUUCUGUGUACCUUUCUUCAUCUGCUGCUUCUGCUACAUCAACUUCAUCCGGAUCCUCGCUCAGCUGCCCAGCAUCAACCCCAAGAAACGUCAGCGGGCCAUCGGCCUGUCUCUGGGGACCCUGCUGGUGUUCAUCGUCUGCUUCGCGCCCUAUAACCUGUCACACGUAGUGGGCUUCGUCAACUGGAAGAGUCCCGAUUGGCGGGUGGACGCGCUCUUGUCCAGUACCGUCAACGCCGGCCUGGACCCCAUCAUCUUCUACUUCUCCUCGUCGGCCCUCAGGGGUACCAUCCACCUCUUCCUGAAGAGCCUGGUGGAGAGGGUGCAGGGGUUGUGCUGCUGCCGUAAGGCUCUCUACUGCCACCUGUUGUUCUGCUCCAGAACUCAGAAGGACAGCACGCCAAGCUCCAAUGACAGCUCCUUAUAGUGCACAUGUGUCAAACUCAUUCCACGGAGGGCAGAUGGUCUGCGGGUUGUCACUCCUCCCUUGUACUUGAUUGAUUAAUUAAGUUCACUAAUUAGUAAAGAAAUCCCCUCACCUGGUUGUCUAUGUCUUAAAAACCAAAGCCCUGCAGACAGGCCCUCCAUUAAAUUAGUUUGACACCCCUGUUAUAGUGUGUUGUCAAGCCAUAUGCUACACAUGCUACAUGCUAGCUACAUAAGUUAGCUAAAUGCUAGCCUGUUCAAUGUAUUUAUUGCACUUUGGUUGUUAUGGAAAAGACUGAGGUCUAUGCUAUCUGUCUUUAUAAGUAGCCUAUACAUGAAUCAGUGGCGGUCGGUGCCAUUUAAGAUGAGGGAGGAUGUUUUAUUUUUUAUGAGCAUGGCCUUAUUUC